AUAAAAGAGGAGCAAUUGUAGAUUCUGAGAGAGCUUUUAAGGAGCAAUUAAUUGAGGUAUCAUUUGGUUCCAUAAAAAAAUACUCGCCGCUAACUUUUUUGUGGUGUCAAAUUAACAAUAAAUUGACAUAAAAUUUGCCUAAAGUUGUUGACACCUUUUUUCUAGUCAACUUUUGAAGUAAAUUUGCAUUCUAAUUCGGGUAGUAAAUUUACGUCAAAUUGAAUAGCAAGUUGCACAUAAAUUGUCGUACAAAACAGAAAAGCCCGAAGUUGACGGAAAUUUUUGUAAAGUAAACUUUUGUUGAAGCAAACUGUGCUAUUAGCCUAAGUUAGCCGAAAAUGUUUCACUACAGAACUUGCUGAGCAAAGUGUGGCUAUCAGGGAUAGCGUUUGAUUGCGUGUCACUGCUGCCUAUAGUUUGAAUUUUGAUUACUAGAUGUCAGUAAAUGAUUGAUAAACGAUUCACUUAUACUCACACAACUGCUACUAUCUGACAGCAGUAAGUGGCACGUGGCCCUAUCGAGACGAUAGCCAAAAAGGAGCAAAAAAAAAAAACUGCUACUAUUCAGUUCACAAAAGUUGAUGACAAAAAAAAUGUUGAACUGAACUUAACGUGUCACGUGUAUUUGUUAUUGUAAGGUUAUGGAUUAUGGAGUUUUAAUAGAUAACUAUACUUAUUAAUUAAUUACAUGAUAACAUUAAUAAUAGAGUUUUCAAUCGAUCAAUACUAAAAGUAAUAAUAAUUGUAUUAAAUUGAAAUUAAUAAAACAAAAAAAAAUGCCUUGUUGGUAUUAUAAUAAAAAUGAGUUGAAACAAACUCCAUCAAUAAUAAACGAUUCAAUAGAUUAUGACACAGAAUGUAGGUACAGACAAGAAGGUGUUAGAUUUAUUGUUAAUUUGGGUACCAGUUUGAAUUUAAUAUUCAACAAUACUAUUGCCACUGGUGUAAUUUAUUUUCAUCGUUUUUACAUGAAACAUUCGUUUAAACAAUUUCCUCGUUACAUAACGGCGUGUGCCUGUUUAUUUUUGGCUGGCAAAGUUGAAGAAACUCCUAAAAAAUGUCGAGAUAUUAUUGAAACAGCUAAAGCAUUAUUGACUGAACAGAAAUUUUCGUCUAUUUUCGGCAAAGAUCCAAAGGAAAAAAUAAUGACACUUGAAAAAAUUUUAUUACAAACAAUAAAAUUUGAUUUACAAGUUGAACAUCCCUAUAGUUAUUUAUUAAAAUAUGUCAAGUGUUUAAAAGGCGAUAAGAGUAAAUUACAAAAAAAAUUGCAAAUGGCAUGGAAUUUUGUUAAUGACAGUUUAAGUACCACUUUAUCAUUACAAUGGGAACCAGAGAUAAUAGCUGUUGCUGUGAUGUAUUUAGCUGGUAAAUUAAAUAAAUUUAAAGUUAUUGAUUGGGAUGGUAGACAACCCAAUCAUUUAAGAUGGUGGGAUAUGUUUGUUGAAGAUAUUACCUUAGAAUUACUUGAAGAUAUUUGUCAUCAAGUACUGGACACAUACAACGUAGACAAAAAUGCAUUACAAAAAAAUUCACAAUCAAUAACUCCUAAUCCAUUAACGGAACCACAAUUACCAUCAACAUCUACUGAAUCAGUUUCUAAUAUAUUAAAUAUAGAGACAUCAUCAGAAGCUCAGCGACCUGAGUUACAACCAAACGAUUGUUCAGAACCACAGCCAUCUGUCCAACCAGUUCAAUUAAUUCAACAACCACAACCAGCAACUAGUGUUACUGUGUUACCGACUUACACAGCCUACUCACAAACGUAUUCAGGACCAAGAUCAGGACCAGCAUCACUUCCAGUACCAGUACCAGCGCCACCAAUUUCUUAUUCAAGUGUAUAUCCACCAGCAAAUAUGUCUGUACCACCACCAGUUAAUCCAGUAAAUUCCAUGAAUCCUAUGAUACCAAUGCAUCUAGUCCAACCAGACUAUUCAAUUCCUCCUCCACCAGUUCCUUCUCCAUAUCAGUAUGCUUACCCGAACCCAAUGUAUUAUUCUGCUCAUAAUCCACCACCAACGAAUCGUCCGUACCAACCAUCAUCAUAAAUGAUAUUAUUUUUAUUGAUAUCUUUUGUAAUAAUGACAAUAAUAAAUAAUUAUUAGUAUUUCAUGAUGUAACUAAAAAAUUUUCUAUUAGUAAUAAAGUAAUUACAAUUC